AUGCCUUCUGACGACUGGUCGGUCGGGGACGUGUUCGCUCCGCAAGCCGACAGCGAACAGUCCGCCAUUGACAUCCCAGCCAAUCACCGUCGCCAUAAUGCACACAUGGGCAUGUCACCUCCAGAGCAGACAACCAAGGGAUUCAAUGGAUAUACAAACCAGACUCUCAAUGAGAACAUGUUGCCGAAGCAGAAACGGAAGAAGAAGAAGAAGAACCAAUUCGGGCCGGCGUGCGCAACUGUUCGCGGUUUCACCCCUCUGGCAUCCGGCGACGAGGAAUCGGACUUUUCCGCCGCGAGCUCACGUGCACCCUCUUGCCCUCCAACUGCGCUUGGCGGCGCUAGCCCACUGAUACAGGCAUCCACAGGCCAUGGGGUCAGCGCGUUGAAGCUUCAACUUAACACUUUGAGUCUGUCUGACGACACAGCUGGCCUGGGCGGACUUGUCUCCAAGACCCCCAGUGUUGCCAGUUUUUACUCCGAUAGCGACCACACUGAAAUCUUGACUAGCUAUGAAAUCCCUCUGGAUCAGGACUUUGUUAGUUCCGACGCUGUUCAACCAGAGAUACUGGACGAUCGCAAGGCGGAUGUCCCAGGUAUGACUGCGGAGUUGCGUAGUCAACUGUGCCGCAAGAUGACAGCGGAGGACUUUGUGCCUCUCCUCUGUCUAGGCAAGGGCUCAUUCGGAACUGUGUUGCUGGUGCGCCACGUCGUCACGGGCAAGCUCUAUGCUCAGAAACAAUUCCGGAAGGCUUCCCUCACUGUUCACAAAAAGCUAGUCGAGCAGACCAAGACGGAGCGCACAAUCCUGGAAAGUGUCAACCGCCACCCCUUUGUCGUCAAGCUAUUCUAUGCAUUCCAAGACCACGAGAAGCUUUACUUGAUCCUGGAGUACGCGCAAGGCGGCGAACUCUUCCACCACCUAGCCAUGGAACGCAUGUUCGAAGAAGAUACGGCAGCCUUCUACAUGGCAGAGAUGGUACUUGCACUAGCACACCUACACCAGAACGUCGGCGUUCUCUACCGCGACCUGAAGCCCGAGAACUGCCUCCUAGACUCGCAAGGCCACCUCCUCCUAACCGAUUUCGGGCUCAGCAAGAUCGCGCUUAGCGACGACGACCGCUGCAACUCUCUCCUCGGCACAAUCGACUACAUGGCGCCAGAAGUGAUCCAAGGCAAGCCGUACGGAAAAGCAUGCGACUGGUGGUCCCUCGGCGCACUGGGCUACGACCUCCUCACCGGCUCACCUCCGUUCCGCGGAAACAACCACGCAAAGCUACAAGAGAAGAUUGUCAAACAAAAGCUCACGCUCCCCUACUUCCUGGGGCCCGACGCAAAGGACCUUCUUACCCGUCUACUCCGCAAAGAACCCUCCAAGCGCCUCGGCUACCACAUGCAGAAGGACCUGCAGAUAAUCAAGAAGCACCGCUUCUUCCGCAAAAUCGACUGGGCUGCCCUUGAGCGCCGCGAGCUCGACCCGCCUAUCCAGCCUAUUGUCACGGACCCCGCACUCGCCGAGAACUUCUCCGCUGACUUCACCCAUCUCCCGCUUAGCCCGACGGUCACUGCCGGCGGCUUUGACGAGUACUAUAGUAAGGGACAGGAUUUCCCAGCUGGAAAGGGCGCGGAUGACGACGACUUCGCUGCUGAGAGUAAUCCUUUCGGUGGGUUUAGCUAUGUUGCUUCGAGCAGCUUGCUGGAUCAUGGGAUGGGGGUUAUGACUGCUGGCUAUUGA